AUGAGUACAGCAUCCAAGGACGCUCGCAUUCGACGGUCACAGGCAUUAGGCUAUGUCACCUCACCCUCCCUCCGCGUCAUCGUCGGCGAAGCGCCAGACCAGAAGGAGUUCUUCGUUCACGAAGGACUCGUCUGCCCACGCAGCGAGUUCUUCCGCAAAGCCAUGAGGGGGCCAUGGACGGAAGCGCAGGAACGCAAGAUCGAUCUCGGACAAGAAGAACCCGAAACCUUUGCUCUUUACCUUGAGCUACUGUACACAGGCACCAUACCCACCAUAGAAGACACAGAACUCUACGCACCCCUCAGCAAGCUCUAUGUCCUAGCCGAAAUGCUCAUGGACGACACCACAAAGACCAUUGUCCUAGACGCCAUGAAAGCACAGAUUGACGACGGACCUGAAGAAGACCACUAUUGCUUCCCGGAACCAGAUGCCAUCCGUAUCAUCUACAAGGGAACAACCGAGUCUAGUCCCGCCCGCGAACUCAUGGUCAAGUUUUACACAGACUACUCUUGCGGUGAGGAGCUGGAGGAGUUGGCAGAUCUUAAAGAGUUUCAUUUUGAUCUUGCGCGCAGUCUAAUCACUAAACGGCUGAGGCCUGGGGAGCACGAUUUAGUGAAGGAGGAGCUGGACGACGUGAAGAAGGAGUUGAGCGCCGUAAAGAAGGAGCUGAGCUCUGUGAAGAAGGAAUUGGCGAAGAGGACGGAUGCGCGCGUGUAUCAUGGGUGA